AUGACGACAAAAAGAUCAACAACAAUAACAUCAACAACAACAACGAUAGGAGGUUAUCGAACAACAUUUCAUAAUAUAUUUAAAGUACUAUAUCUAAGAAACAAGAUAUUUAAUUGUAUAAGAGAACUAUCAAGAUUAGAUAAUAGUUUGGGAAAAAAGACAAUCAAAGGAAAAGAAUUGAUUCAACAGUCAUCAAGAGUGUGGUUUGAAACCUAUGGAAUGCCAUGGGACUUUAUUAAACAUUAUCUACUAUUCAAUCAUGAGAUUAGUGGCCAUGGUGAAAUAGAGUACAAGUGUAGAUGUGAACUUGUCAAUAUGUAUAUACGUCAUCCCAAUGCAUCAAGUGAUACACUUAAACAUCUCUUGGUGUGGGGUCCAACUCCAUUGCACAAACAAACGUUUGAACGUGUACUCGCCAACGGCAACUAUGACAUGGUCGUCUAUCUCACUAAAAUCUUUCCAAACCAUAACAAGGUCGUGUCAUGUGAAACAGAGUAUUUUGAACACGCAUUUAAAUCGGGUAAUGUUAAACUCGUUCGAUGGCUAUACCAACAAUACCCAAAGGCCGACCAAUACUUUGCACAACCAAGAAACCAACAUUUAACAUCACUCGAUCAAUCAUGCAAAAGAGGUCACUUUGAAAUGAUUGAUUGGUUAUAUGCCAACAAGAAACACGUUACCUUCUCAACAGAUGCUAUGGACUAUGCCGCGGAAAUAGGAAAUCUUCCCAUCCUACGAUUUCUUCUUCGUAAUCGAACUGAAGGAUGUACCAUUAAAGCUUUUAUUCUGGCCGCCAUUAAUGGUCAUAUUCAAGUUUUAAAGUAUCUUUUUGAAAGAUGUCCAAAGACAUUUGUAUCACAAAAAUCAAUGUUUAAUGUAUUUGAUCAAUCAGCUAUAAAUAAUCACUUGGAUGUCGUAAAAUAUUUACAUUUAAAUCAUUAUGGUGGAGAUAAGUGUACAAUAAAGGCUAUGGAUGGAGCUGCAUCGCUAGAGAUGGUACAAUGGUUACAUGGAAAUAGAACUGAAGGAUGUAGUUUUAGGGCAAUUGAUCAAGCUGCCUCGACUGGUAAAUUAGAUAUCAUCAAAUAUUUAAUAGAGAAUAGAAAGGAAAGAUAUACAUUACAAGCAUUACAAAAUGCUGUAGAUAAUGGUCAUUUUCAUGUUUUGUCCUAUCUUUACGAAAUUAAAAGAUCACCAAUUACAAAAUCUUUAGAUAUAACAAAAGCAUUAAAGAAUGGAUUUAUAGAUAUUAUUAAAUUUUUAAAAGAAAAUGGAUUGGCUUCUUUUCCAACUUUGGAUAAUGUACAAAGUUGUUUAGACUCUGCUAAUCUAGAAAUGGUACAAUUAUUUUUUAAUAAUUACAAAGGAUGUCCGAUGACCAAUAUUAUUAGAAAUGCUAUUCAUCAAUCAACAACACUAGAAUUAGAAUGUAAUGAAUCAGUGGUAGAAGCUGCCAUUGUCGCAGGUAGUAUCGAAAUUGUAAAAUAUUUAUUCAAUAAUAAUAAUAGUAGAACAGACAAGGUACAUUGUUCAGAGAGUUCAAUCAAAACUGCAUUUUCUCAUCAUCAUAUCAAUAUUGCUCAAUUCCUUUAUACUAUAAAAAAUCAAAUUAAAAAAUAA